GUGGUUUUCCUGCUACUAUUAUGACAUCCUCGGCUUGUUCUACUGUAAACUGGUUUCUCACACCAAGCUCCGAUCAGUUUCCCGCUUUAACUUCGAAAGCGUCAUUAGAUGUGCACCAGCCCUUUUUAUAGCUCUAGACACACCGGCACGGGUCAAUAAAUCCAAUCUAGUAAAAGGAUGCAAACAAGUCGUUGACCUAGAAAAAUACUAGCUUUUCUUAUCAAUCCUCUUGUGUCAAGACUGAUUGCAUACAACCAGGACGUUAUAAAAUUAUUCACCUCCGUUGCAGCAGCAAUCAGUCGUAGUUCGUGCGUGGGUUCGGUGAAGUUUGUGCAAUGUUCAUCACUCCGACUAUUUUCCUGUGGCUGUUGGUGCUGACCUUGGUUUUCGUUCGGUGCUACAAGUUCUUGUUUGAUAAACCGAUCAACUUUCCGCUAGGACCGCCACGAUUUCCGUUAAUCGGUUGCUAUGGAAUACUGUUGAUGAUCAAUUGGCGCCAUCUGCACAAGGCAGUUGCAAAGCUCUGUCAGUAUUAUCAAACAAGCAUUCUUGGAAUGUACCUUGGGGAUUUCGGGACCGUCUACGUAAACGACUUCGACGCGGUUAAGGAAGUACUGUAUCGCGUGGAAUUUGACGGCCGUCCGGAUUUAUUCCUGGCUCGGAUGCGUGAGAAGAACUUUCAACGGCGGGGAAUCUUCUUCACCGAGGGUCCCGAUUGGAAGGAACAGCGGAGGUUCAUCCUGAGACAUCUGCGUGAUUAUGGGUUUGGCCGAAGAUUCGAGGAGCUGGAGGCGGAAACCAAUGCUGAAAUAAUGACAUUAAUCGAAAUGCUCAAAUAUGGACCACGGUAUGAACACGAACGAGAGUUCAUGAAGGACGGCUACGUCAAGUGUCCGGCGGUGUUUUCGGCCUGCUUUGCCAAUGCGUUUCUGCACGUGUUCUGCGGCGAACGGAUACCGCGAGAGGGGGCCGGUGUAUUGUUCGAAACCGGCAAAAGCGCAUUAAAGUUUCAACGUUUGGGGGACGAUUUCGGUACCAUCCUAAGUUUACUACCAUGGCUGAAAAACAUUUUCCCCAACGCAACCAACUACAACGGGAUCCGGGAGGCAAGUCUGGCAGUGAACGCUUUCAUCGAGUCAAUCGUCCAGAAACACCUGGCUAGUUACGACGGAAACCAUAUUCGCAGCUUCCUCGAUUUGUACUUUCGAGAUAUGCAGAAAACCAUACCGAAAGAAGGAGACCGCUUCAGUUUUCAAUACGAUCAACUAAUUCUUGGCAUCGUAGAUUUCUUUUUCCCGGCCAUUUCGGGUGCCACAACACAAAUCGCUUUGCUUAUGGAGCGGCUUCUGUUGCAUCCGGAAGUUCUCAACAGGAUGCAAGCAGAGAUCGAGGACGUAGUCGGCAAUGGACGGCUCCCAUCGCUUAACGACCGAAUCAACCUUCCGUAUACGGAGGCUACCCUGAGGGAAGGGAUGCGCAUUGACACCUUGGUUCCGUCAGGAAUCGCACAUGUGGCUACGGAAGACACUACCCUGCGUGGAUAUGAUAUUCCGAAGGGCACUAUCCUGUUGCUAGGACUGGACGCCAUACACAACCAGCUGGACGUGUGGGGUGAUCCGUUCCGUUUUCGGCCGGAACGAUUCUUAGACAAUCGAGGGAAGCUAUCAUUGGCUAAGGAUAUUUCCAUCCCGUUCGGGGCGGGAAAACGGUUGUGUGCGGGGGAAACUUUUGCCAGGAACACAAUGUUUCUGAUUGUGUCAGCGCUGGUGCAGAAUUUCGAUCUCAAACAACCGCCAACGGAUAAUCUACCGGAUAUCAGCAAACGUAACACCGGUAUUAUAAUUACGCCAAACGAUUACUGGGUGAAAUUUGUACCCCGUUGAUGUAGUGUCUGAAAUAGGUUUAUAGUAUUAUAAAUAAAGUUUUAAAAUUGUU